CACAUCUUCAAAGCUUCGGUUUGCCUUCAGGGGCUGGCUCUGAUUCCAUGGAGACAACAAAUUCAUUUAUCAAUAAAUCUUCCAUUGACCUCCCCAAGGAGCUCUUUGAGAUGCUUACCUGUGCUGGAUCUUAUCUAUAUCGUGAUUCUCUGUUGUUGCAGAAGGUGUGCAGAGUAUUAAGAGGCUAUUACCUAUCUGCACUAGAGCUUGUCAGUACUGGUGGUGCUUCUAAUUCUGAAACUGGUAGUGGUGGAAAUCGUAAUUUUUACCUGAAGCAAGCUAGGUCAAGGAUUGAAGAAGCUUUGGGAACAUGUAUACUUCCUUCGUUACAGUUGAUACCAGCGAAUCCGGCAGUUGGACAGGAGAUCUGGGAAGUAAUGAAUCUCCUACCAUAUGAGGUACGGUACCGUUUGUAUGGUGAAUGGGAAAAAGAUGACGAGCGCCUUCCAAUGGUUUUGUCUGCCAGGCAAACAGCAAAGUUGGACACUAGAAGGAUUCUGAAACGGCUCGCAAAAGAAAAUCUAAAGCAGCUUGGGCGAAUGGUUGCAAAACUAGCUCAUGCCAAUCCAAUGACUGUGCUUCGAACAAUUGUUCAUCAGAUAGAGGCUUAUAGGGAUAUGAUUACUCCAGUUGUAGAUGCAUUCAAGUAUUUGACACAGCUUGAGUAUGAUAUUUUGGAAUAUGUUGUGAUUGAGCGGCUGGCACAAGGUGGGCGAGAGAAGCUUAAAGAUGAUGGCCUUAAUUUGUCGGAUUGGCUCCAAUCUUUGGCUUCAUUUUGGGGUCACUUGUAUGAACUUAUUCAGCAGAUGGCAAAUGUCCAGUACACGGAGAACAUGACUGAGGAGCAAUUGGAUGCCAUGGCUGGAAGUGAGACUCUUCGUUAUCAGGCUACUUCAUUUGGGAUUACUCGAAACAAUAAGGCAUUGAUCAAAUCCACUAACAGGCUAAGGGACGCAUUGCUUCCAAAGGAUGACCUGAAGUUGGCAGUUCCUCUUCUGCUACUUAUUGCUCAACACCGUUCUCUGGUUGUCAUAAAUGCGGAUGUGCUUCACAUUAAGAUGGUUAGUGAGCAGUUUGAUAGAUGCCACGGAACCCUUCUUCAGUAUGUGGAAUUUCUGUGUAGUGCACUGUUGCCUACAGCAGCUUAUGCUCAGUUGAUUCCUUCUCUUGAUGAUCUCAUACACCUAUACCAUCUUGAUCCUGAGGUUGCCUUUCUGAUUUAUCGACCUGUGAUGAGGCUAUUCAGGUGUCAGAAUAGUUCUGAUGCCUUCUGGCCUAUAGAUUGCAAUGCAGCAACAAAUAUCUCUAGUGUCGAGAAAGAGUCUGAGCCUGCUGACUCAUAUGGAAAGUUGGUUCUGGAUCUCAGUCCUCCUCGGAAGCCUAUUAUGUGGGCUGAUCUUCUUGAUACUGUUAGAUCAAUGUUGCCUGCAAAAGCCUGGAAUAGCCUCUCUCCUGAUUUAUAUGCUACCUUUUGGGGUCUUACACUCUAUGAUCUUUAUGUUCCUCGAAACCGUUACGAGUCUGAAAUCUCAAAGCAGCAUGCUGCUCUUAAAGCUCUAGAAGAACUUUCUGAUAAUUCUAAUUCAGCAAUUACUAAAAGGAAGAAAGACAAGGAAAGAAUUCAAGAAUCUCGAGAUCGACUCACUAGCGAAUUCGAAAAGCAUGAAGACCAUGUGGCAUCUGUUCGUAGACGGCUUGCUCGGGAAAAAGAUAAAUGGUUGAGUUCCUGCCCCGAUACUUUAAAGAUUAACAUGGAGUUCCUUCAACGCUGUAUUUUUCCACGCUGUACUGUCAGUAUGCCGGAUGCUGUUUAUUGUGCCAUGUUCGUACACACUCUUCAUUCCCUUGGAACUCCAUUUUUUAACACAGUCAACCACCUUGAUGUUCUGAUAUGUAAAACUUUACAACCUAUGAUGUGCUGUUGCACUGAGUAUGAAGUGGGUAGACUGGGAAGGUUUUUGUAUGAGACACUGAAGACUGCUUAUUAUUGGAAGAGUGACGAAUCAAUAUACGAACGCGAGUGUGGAAACAUGCCAGGGUUUGCUGUUUAUUACAGAUAUCCAAAUAGCCAGCGUGUUACGUAUAGCCAGUUUAUUAAGGUACACUGGAAAUGGAGUCAAAGGAUCACAAGAUUACUGAUUCAGUGCUUGGAAUCAACUGAGUACAUGGAAAUUCGAAAUUCUCUUAUUAUGUUGACAAAAAUCUCGAAUGUCUUUCCUGUUACUCGAAAGAGUGGAAUCAACCUUGAAAAACGGGUAGCUAAAAUCAAAAGUGAUGAAAGAGAGGACCUCAAGGUGUUGGCUACUGGUGUUGCUGCUGCCUUGGUUGCUAGAAAGGCUUCAUGGGUAACAGAAGAAGAAUUUGGUAUGGGUUAUCUUGAAAUAAAGCCUGCACCAGUGCUUCCUUCAAAAUCUUCAACUAGUAAUUUUGUUUCGGUACAAAAUGGUUCUGGCCUCAAUGUUUCUCAAGGUGAAUCUGGUGGGGGAAGAACGGUUGCCACAGGAACCCAGCCUUCGGAUGCUGGGAAUUCUGCCAAAGAUCAGAUAUUGAGAACAAAACCUGCUGAUGGGAGGCUAGAAAGAACGGAAAGUGCUUUGCUGAAAUCCGAUCCAGGUCUUGUAAAAGUGAAAGGUGACUCAUUAGUCAAUGGUUCGGAUACCCAGUCAUCCAUGCUUUCUGGUUCUGUACAACCUGGGACAUCCAGAUCAGUAGAUAAUCCUAAACAAAUGGAUGAACCUGCAAAUAGAACAUUAGAAGAGAACACCACAAAAGUUGCUGCCAAGACAUCUGCAGAACAUGAGCAUAUUUGUCAUAUGAAAAAUGGCAUCUUGACCUCUAAGCAAUUUCUUUCAUCAACUGAUAGUGGAGAUGGGGGGUUCAGCACUGGAGCAGCUCUACACGGCUUUCUAUUCAUCCUUGAAAUCACAUUGUCUGCGGGAGGUGUAGAAGUAGGAUCUGUUGUACUGUUGAUGAUCACUGAUUCUGAUUUUGAAAAUAUUGUUUUGAGCUUGCACAUUGCUGGAAGAGCUGCAGGAAAACGGUCUGUGCCUGUUGGAUCUCUUUCAAAGCAACCAAAGCAGGAAGUUGUAAAAGAUGAUAGUAAAUCUGGAAAAGCUGAGGGCAGGCAAGGUGGUCCUUCUUCUGCAGUUUUAGGAAAUGGGAACACACUUGCAAUUUCAGGCAAAGGCUUAUCUUCUUCUACUAGAUCUUCAGAUGCCCAUGGCAGUAGUGACCUGAAGGCAGAGAGUGGAGCUGCAAAAUCUUCUGAUUUGAGGGUUUCUGCCGUAAAAGAUGACGGCAAUGAAGUUUCUGAUGCGCCCAAGCAGUCCUCUUCUCGACCAGUUCAUUCCCCAAGGCAUGACCACUCCGUCAAUGCUACAAAGCCAGGUGAUAAACUGCAAAAAAGGGCCAGUCCUGCUGACGAACUAGACAGGCUAAAUAAACGUCGUAAAGCAGAAGUUGAUACAAAAGAUUUAGAUGGAGAAAAUCGAUUCUCGGAUAGAGAGAAGUCGAUUGAUCUUCGUGUAGUAGACAAACUUCAUCCUGUGGAUCUUGACAAGCCCGGAUCUAAUGAGCAAAUUAGCAAUAGGGCUACGGAUAAGACUUUGGAUAGGUUAAAAGAUAAAGGCAGUGACAGAUAUGACAGGGACUAUAGGGAAAGAGUGGAACGUCCUGAUAAGUCACGUGGGGACGAUGUCUUAUCUGAAAAACCAAGAGAUAGGUCAAUUGAAAGAUAUGGAAGAGAACGUUCAGUUGAAAGACUGCAAGAGAGAGGUGUUGAUAGAAGCUUUGAUAGGGUUAUUGAAAAGCCGAAGGAUGAAAGGAACAAGGAUGAUAGAGGUAAAUUACGUUAUAGCGAAGCAGCUGGAGAAAAGUCUCAUGUUGAUGACCGAUUUCAUGGGCAAAGCUUGCCUCCACCACCACCCUUACCUCCACACUUGGUUCCACAAUCAGUUAAUGCUGCUAGAAGAGAUGAAGAUGCUGAUAGAAGGUUUGGAAAUGCCAGACAUGCUCAAAGACUUUCUCCAAGACAUGAAGAGAGAGAACGAAGACGAUCUGAAGAGAAUACUUUAAUUUCAUCAGAUGAUGCAAAACGUAGAAGAGAAGAAGAUUUUCGAGAUAGAAAGCGUGAUGANGCCGACUCCUUAACUGCAUAA